AUUAUUUUAAUUAAUUAAUGCUUCAGGAAGUAACUAUUCCUUGUGGAAGGUACGAUUUCAAUCAAGAAACAAAAAAAGUAGUCAUAGUAAAAGCAAAAGGAUUGCUCAAUUUGUAUUUGAAUGAUGAAAAUGAAUUGUGGUUGAAAUGGUAUAAUGUAGAUCUGGAUAACAAAUUAGAAAUUGUAAUGAUUUACACUAUUUAAAUUAGGAAAGAGUCUUAAUUAAGGGUUCUACAUUUUUUGAGAAGGUCAAAGGUCAAAAUAGAGUCUAUCUCCUUAGAUUUAAUGAUGAUGACUAAAAGUAUUUCUUUUGGAUGCAAGUAAUUCUCACCCUUUAAUUUUAGUCUGAUGAUCAAACCUAAGAUGAAAAUUACUGCAAAUAAUUUAACAAUGUGAUCAACUCUCAGGUCUUGGAUGAACCCAUCUAAAUAGAAUAGCAACCUCAGGUGCAAUCCCAAACACAACCGUAAUCACAUACACAACCUCCUUAAUAAUAAUUGGGACCUUAAUAACAAUAGCUUUUACAAUUGCUCUAAUAGUAAUUUGCAUCAAAAAUGGGCCCUGGACUCUCUCUUACUGAUAUUUUGACUGGUGAGUUUUUGACUUAAAUUGCCAAGGAUGAGGAAUUCUUCUAGGCACUUAAAGAGUAAGGAAUUUAGUUUAUGUGAGAUAUUUACCUCCUGAUCAAUAAAGCAUUGAACAAUUUAAAGAGAACUUACUUAGUCCAUAAUUUAAGUAGGCUUUAGAUCAGUUGACUCAUGCUUUGAAGGGAAGAGAAAGGAGCUCCGUGAUCCAAUAAUUAGACUUGGACUAUAGAAUUCUAGAAUAGGAAUUCGAUGGUGUAGUAGCUUUCAUCAAGGCUAUUAUGAGAAAGGAUCAAAAUAAAAAUUGAUAGGAUAG